GGUCAUAUAUACGUCGGCUAUCUUUUUCCCUUUAUCCUUUAUUUUCUUCUUCUUCUUCUUCAUUGUAAUUCAUACGAAAGCAUGUCAACGAAGCUUGACUUUUAACUUGCGUACGUCAAAAGAUUCAUCCUUAUGAUCUGAGAUCAAUCCAAGAAAUAUCCACUUCAGACAACUGUUGUCCUCGGAUCUGUUUUUCAGACAAAAGUGGAGCUCAAAACGGAGACAAAUCUUCAAUCUUUGACUCCUUGCAGAACCAGUUAUGGCAAGAGAAGAGCAAAACAUUGAAAACAGAGGAUCCGUACAUGUGGUCGAAAGAGAAAGUAAUUUACGUAGUGUGGUGUGUGGUCCUGUGCGGUGGCUAAAGAUGUUGGCGUCAAAGCUUCACUGGAGCUAUGUGUUUGCUGUGGUCUCCAAUUGUGGAAUAAACCAAGGGUUUGGUUACUCAUUGGGUCAUGUAGCUACAGAUUAUUACAUGAAAGAUGUUCAAAAGGUUCAGCCUUCUCAAUAUCAAGCUCUCUCUGCAAUCACUAGGAUUUCAUGGAUCAUAUUUAAGCCUCUUUUUGGCAUUCUCACUGAUGUUCUUCCCAUCUUUGGUUUCCAUAGACGUCCUUACUUCAUUUUAGCAGGUAAAAUCUCGCUCGAAAUUUCGAUCAAUGUCACUUUGAUUUCUCUAUAAAUGUACAAAACUCUGUUUUUGCAGGGGUGAUUGGAGUGGUUUCUUUGUUGUUUAUAUCACUUCAAAGUAAUCUACAUCUUUACUUGGCACUGUUUUGGAUGACAAUAUCAAGUGCUGCAAUGGCGAUAGCCGAUGUAACAAUUGAUGCUUGUACUACUUACAAUAGUAACAAACACCCUUCUCUUGCAUCGGAUAUGCAGAGUUUAUGUAGUUUAAGCUAUUCCAUUGGAGAACUUCUUGGUUUCUUUAUGAGUGGUAUCUUAGUUCAUCUUGUUGGCUCCAAGGGCGUGUUCGGCUUGUUAACAUUCACAUUCGCAUUAGUAUCGGUAGUCGGGGUCUUGUUUAGUGAGCCUCGUGUUCAUGGUUUCUCUUUCAAACAGAACUUUACCAAUGCAAUGAAAGCGAUGUGGAGGACAAUCAAGUGCUCAGAUGUGUGGCAGCCAAGUCUAUAUAUGUUCAUUACCCGUGCUCUUGGUUUAGACAUUAAAGAAGGUCUUUUCUAUUGGUUCACUGAUUCAAAAGAUGGUCCUUUGUUUGCUCAGGAAACGGUUGGUUUCAUUCUCUCAAUUGGUUCUAUAGGGUCGAUUCUAGGAGUACUGUUGUACAACCUACGCCUAAAGGAUCAUCCGUUCCGUAAACUAUUUUUGUGGACUCAACUUCUCUUUGCUUUAUCAGGAAUGUUUGACCUCAUUCUUGUGCUACGUCUCAACUUAAAAUUUGGUUUACCUGAUUAUCUCUUCAUAGUAGUGGACGGGAUAGUUUCUAAGAUGAUCAUACGUCUGACAUGGAUGGUGAUAUUCGUUCUCAAUACAAAGCUUUGUCCUCACGGAAUUGAAGGGACCUUUUUUGCGUUGUUAAUGUCAAUUGACAAUGCAGGCCUCAUGACCUCAUCUUGGCUUGGAGGGAAAAUGUUGCAUGUCCUCAAGGUGACUCGGACUGAGUUUGGUAACCUCUGGCUUGCGGUUUUGGUCAGGAAUGUCAUGAGACUUUUGCCGAUAUGUUUUCUGUUUCUUGUGCCCCAAGGAGAUCAGAACACGUUCAAGCUCCCGGCUGAGAUAAUGGGCGAAGAUUCGGAAGAAGAGGGAACUCGGAAUUUGGAAUUGGCUUCUCUUGUUGACUAUGUUGAUAGGAGCUAGCAACGGUUAUGACUAAUAUCAUCAAUGAGGAUAUUGAGUGUCAAAAAGUUAACCACUCACCACUCUUAUUUCUUAUUACUUAAAUAAGUCUUCACCUUAUGUUUGCAACUAUCAAUGAGGGUAUUGGUUACAAUGUUCGCUUGUCAUCACGAUAAAGUAACUGUGAAAUUUUAUUAACUCUAAGAAGAAGCUACUUCUUAAACAUGAAAGUAACAGCUGAUGAUCCAAUAGGAUAGGUAUCAACAGAGUUGCCAGGAAAUAUCCAGUUGUGAAAUUUCAUCUGCUUGAUUAAACGCAAACCCGUUU